AAUGUGUCCGGUCGUCAUUUCCGUCUGGUUUCCGAAGAUGGUAAGCAGAAUUUAUUUACAACUUCUGAGAAUGGAAAUAGUUUUGUUAAAGAAAGAAUUGACAGGGAAGCAAUAUGUUUUGUUAAGGUGCAGUGCUAUGUGAACAUGAAGGUGAUUAUAAACAAUCCUUUAGAAAUGCAUCACGUUAAAGUGGAGAUACAGGAUGUAAAUGACAAUGCACCUACAUUUCCUUUUAAGGAUUUGUAUUUAAAUAUUAUGGAGUUAGUCCCUCCGGGAACGAAAUUCCCCUUGCAUAUUGCGCACGAUCCAGAUGUAGGAUCCAACGGGUUGCAUUCCUACCGCCUUAGUUCCUCCAGAUAUUUUUCUUUGGAUAUGCAGGAUUCAAAUGAAGACGUUAAUGUUCCUCAGCUUGUCCUUGAAAACAAUUUGGACAGAGAGCAGGAAUCCGUUCAUCAUCUGUCUCUAACAGCUGUUGAUGGUGGGCAGCCUGAGAGGUCUGGCUCUAUUGACAUCACCAUUAAUGUUGUAGAUGCCAAUGAUAAUUCUCCAAAAUUUGAUCAAGCCGUCUAUAAAGCAAGUCUGAUGGAAGAUGCUCCAGUAGGAACUUUAAUAAUCCAGCUGAAAGCUACAGAUUCAGAUGAAGGUACAAACGGGGAAAUAGAGUAUUCUUUUAGUACUCAUAUCCCAGACAAAACGCAUAGCUUGUUUGAGAUAGGUCUGACAUCUGGCGAAAUUAUAUUAAAAGGUAGAGUGGAUUUUGAAGAGAUAAACAUGUAUGAAUUUCACGUACAAGCAACAGACAAAGGAACAUCUCCCUUGUUUGGUUAUUGUAAGGUUUUAAUAGACGUCGUAGAUGUCAAUGACAAUAAACCGUCCAUCCUGCUAACUUCUUUUACAAGAGAUGUUAGCGAAAAUUCUUCAAGGGGAACAGUGGUUGCUUUGAUCAGUGUAAUAGAUAAAGAUUCUGGAAUAAAUGCUCAGGUGAGCUGCAAAAUCCAUGAUAAUAUUCCGUUUACGCUCACAUCAGUUGAAAAUCACUACAUCCUAGAGAUCUCUGGUACUAUAGACCGAGAAUUGUCGGACUCUUACAACAUUUCAUUAACUGCUACAGACUUUGGAGUCCCUCCUCUCUCUACUGAUGCAUUUAUUUUAGUGCAUAUUUCUGAUGUUAAUGACAACCCACCUCAAUUCACUGAGAUGGCUUAUAGGAGUGUCAUUGCCGAAAAUAACUCCCCUGGCGAGAUUCUUUGUCAAGUCACAGCAAUGGAUCCAGAUUUGAAAGAAAAUGGCACAGUUGCUUAUUCCUUUGUGGAGGAACAGAUCGAAGGUAUGUCUCUUUUCAACUAUUUAUCAAUUGACUCAGAAAAUGGUCGGGUGUAUGCGAAGACUAUGUUUGAUUACGAGAAAAUUAAGGCUUUUAAACUGCAAAUUGUUGCAAAAGAUCUUGGCAACCCGUCUUUAAGCAGCACUGCCGAGCUGAUCGUAACAAUAAUAGAUCAGAACGAUAACAGCCCCACAUUCCUAUAUCCUCCAGCAUCAGUUGGGAAUGUGCCCAUAGAAAUGAUCCCACGGUCAGCAGAGGCUGGAUUUUUGGUAACAAAGGUAAUAACUGUGGAUGAAGAUUCUGGUCAGAAUGCUUGGCUGUCCUACCAGUUACUACAGUCCACAGACGUUAGCCUUUUUGAUAUCGAUAAGCAGACCGGUGAAAUAAGGAUCGUUCGGUCAAUAAGUGCCAGAGAUAACCGCAGACAAAAACUGGUUGUAGAAGUGAAGGACAAUGGGGCGCCUAGACGUUCUGCAGCAGUAACUAUUGGGAUAUUGCUUUAUGACAGUUUUCCCCAAGUUCUUCCAGAUUUUGAAGAGACAACCGAAAAUAGCGAAGAAGUAUCUAACAAGAAUCUGGUUUUGAUAGUUACUGUCGUAGCCAUCUCCUGUGUAUUUCUAGGGGGUUUAAUCAUAUUUAUCUCAUUAUCAUGCUACCGAAGCAUCAGUUCCGGUAUAUGUCCUUGUCCUUUUGCUUGUUGCAUUGACAAUUUUGAUGGUUAUAAAUUAAAAAUUCCAGGUCCACCAGGAUGUACAGUACAAAAUAACCUUGUGCAAAUCUCUGAGACAGGAACACUUUUGCAAGGGUAUCAGUACAUGGCUUUCUUAGGCCAAGUGUCUCCUAGCAGAAAAGUACUCUUAAGAAAUUCCCUAUUAGAAGCAAGAGGAGAAAAUGCUGCCAAUACACCAGGGUGCUGCAUUCCCGUUCCAGUUAGUGGGCACAGUGAAACAAACAGCGCAACUGAGGUAUGUAAGAAAAUGUACCAACAAGAAUAUUCAGUAUGUCUUGUUAUCGUCAUCUUAAAUUAUUGCUUAAGUUACAAAAUGUUGGUCUAA